AUGGGCAUGCGAGUUUCCCAGCAUGCCUCAGGGGUAGAGGUGGAGGUGUAUGAGGGGGUGGAGUCUGUCCUGCUGCCCUGUGAAAUAUCAGCUGAUGUUUCCAGGAGCUCCACAGCAGCAGUGUGGAGUCACAAGGAGCUCAUCGUCCCAACAGUCCACGUGCGUCUGCACAGCGGUGAUGAAUUUGAACGACAAAACAAUCGUUACACCGACCGAACAUCAAUGAGAGCUGACGCUCUGCAGACUGGAGACCUCAGCCUCACUCUGAGGAACCCUACAGUCUCUGACAGUGGAACCUACACCUGCACCACCCGCAGGUUUGGACAAGAUCAGACCAAGAUCCAUGUGCAGCUGAAGGUCACAGAACCUCCUCCAGCCUGGACUAAAGUUCUACCUGGUGUCCUGGUUCCUGUGGUUCUCCUGGCUGCUGGAUUUGGUGUCUUCAUGUAUUAUAGAUAUAAAAUUAUGAAGAGCAGAAAAGACUAUCCAUUGGAGAUAGUGGAGGUGACACAGGAGGAGAAGUCUGUCCUGCUGCCCUUUAAAUUCACAGAAGAUCUUCCUCAGGACGUCAGAGUGGAGUGGAAACACAGAAACAAGAAGGUCCAUGAGUAUCAGAGCAACCAAAACCAACCUCUGCUACAGGACCAGGAUCACAGAGAUCGCACAGAGAUGAAUGAAGAUCCACUGAGAGCUAAAGACCUCAGUCUGACACUGAAAGACCCCCAACUUAGUGACCAUGGUGGCUACACCUGCACCGUCUACAACAAGGGUGGAGACAUCCUGCUACACAAAGUGGUGUCACUGAAUAUGACAGUUCCUGAGGUGCAGAUGGUGGAAACAGUUAAAGGGGUGCAGUCUGUCGUGCUGCCAUUUAAAGCUGAAGUCAGAAACCCUGAGGAUGUGACAGUGGAGUGGAAACACAAAGACAAGAAAGUCCACGAGUAUCAGAGAGGACGAAACCAGUCUCACAUACAAGGACGCUCAGAGAUGAAGACAGAGCAAAUAAAUACUGGAGACCUCAGUCUGACCCUGAAAGACCUCCAACUUACUGACAGUGGAGUCUACACCUGCACCGUCUGCAACAAGGAUGGACACAUGCUGCUACAGAAAGUAGUGACUCUCAGUGUCAGAGACUACCAGGCAGGGGUGGUGGAGGUGACACAGGGCCAGAAGUCUGUCCUGAUGCCAUUUAAAAUCACAGAUGAGCUUCCUCCAGAGGUCAAAGUGCAGUGGAGACUCACUCACCCUGAAGACAAGAUGGUCCUCUUGUAUGACAGCAGCCAGAAACAGCCUCUCUCACAGGAUCAGGUUUAUGGAGGCCGCACAGAGAUGCCUGACAAUGCCCUGAAAAAUAAAGACCUCAGUCUGACCCUGAAAGACCUCCAACUUACUGACAGUGGAGUCUACACCUGCACCGUCUGCAACAAGGACGGACUCAUGCUGCUACAGAAAUCAGUGACUCUCAGUGUCAGAGUUCCUGAGGAGCAGGUGAAGGGAAAAGUUAAAGAGUCUGUCGUGCUGCCAUUUAAAGCUGAAGUCAGCAACCCUGAGGAUGUGACAGUGGAGUGGAAACACAAAGACAAGAAAGUCCACGAGUAUCAGAGAGGACGAAACCAGUCUCACAUACAAGGACGCUCAGAGAUGAAGAAAGAGCAAAUAAAUACUGGAGACCUCAGUCUGACCCUGAAAGACCUCCAACCUACUGACAGUGGAGUCUACACCUGCACUGUCUGCAACAAAGAUGAAGACAUCCUACUACAGAAAGUAUUCAGUCUCAGGGUCAAAGAAAGUCUUCGAGAUCGUUUCUUCAUGGUUCAACAAGAAGGAUCCACAGGCCAGUGAUGGAGCUCCUUCCUCUGAGACGGUCCAAAGACUUCAGGAGGAGACGUGUGAUGAAGUCAGCAGUAACUCUACAUUCAGAGAGAAAUCUGUGACCAACCAACACGUACAUUCCUCUGAAUAGAUGAAGUAACUGGGUCUGUAUUAUCUGCCAUUUAUUUCUCAUCAUCCUCUGAGAUUGUAAUUCCCUAAUAUGUGACUGUAUGUGUGACUGAGAUAUUUCAUAUUUCUGUAUCAGUGAUGUUUUUAAAGCAUGAAUUUCACACUGAUUUAAAUGAAGGUUUCAAUCAGAGCCUCCAGAGAAUCCUCUGAUGAGCCAUCAGGCUGGAAGACUUCAUUUCAGCUUUCUAACAAUAAAGCAGUGUCAUCAGCUAACUGUCAUAUUGUUGUGUUUUAUACUGUUGUUGAUGUUUGGAUGACUCAAUG